UCACAAUGAGGAAGCUCAAGGGGGUAGUUAAAGAAAACGCUAAGCAGAAACGCGAGAGGAAGCAAGAAUUUGCUAAGAUGCGUCAACAAAUAAACACAAUAGUCUUGCCGACGUUUGCGGUUAUUUUUCUAUUGAUAUGUGUCUACGUCUACUUUAAAACACGGCCCUCUUCAAUGCAGUACGCGUAAAGAACUACGAAUAUCUAUAAUAAAAUUGUAUAUAGUAAAUUAUUAGUGUCAAGAGUGUGACGUAAAUGUAUAAUACCAUGGUUGUGAGUUGUAUGGUGACUUGUUAUAUAUUUUAAAUACAUAUAUAAAAUACUGGCAUUUUAUAAGAAAUAUGUUCUUUAACAUUCCAAAAAUAAAACAUAUCAUUGUACAUAUUAGAAUUUAAAACACAUUAUUUUAUCAAAUCAUAUUUAAUUUAAAUAAAUUAAACUGUCUUGUUUCAGUAUUAAGGGUGUAUCAAGGUAUUAAAACAAUAUAUUUUUCAAACAUAUAUUUAUUUAAGAUCUAUCAUUACAUAAAUAUUAUACGGAUUUAUAAAAUAUGAAUUUAUCUAGUAAUAAAAUAAUUAACUUUUAAAA